UCCAGGGUGAUCCAAGGGAGUCGUCGAGUUUUGUGUGGCCGACCUGCACGUGCACUACAGGCCUUUUACGCAGGGGGGAGGGGGGGAGGGCGGAGGAAGGCGCGAGAAACAACGAACGUGUGUCAAGCCCGUCCGCCGUGCGGGAAGCGGGAAUCGCGUGAACCGACAAUAAAAGCAACGGAGAGGAGAAGCAGGGACACCCGCGGCGUGUCGCCGUGUGUUUACGUUUACGACGAGCGACUGCCGUCGCUGUCGCCGUCAUCUGACGUCUUGCCACCGUUCGACCACGCAACGACGACACAAAUGACGACCUGCGAGGUGAGACCUGGCAAACCGCGGCACGAUGGUCGUAUCUUUUAACCGGUAUCUGCCGGUGAUCCUGCCGGAGAUCGACAGUGAACCCGAUAGCGCCAUCGUCGCGAGCGACGUCGGGUCGUCCGACGUCAAGCAGCGCGCUUCGUACACUACGGAUGAGCCUGUUGCGAGGAACUGUUCAACCAGCACCAGCACUAUCGGCAUCGGCGGCGGUGGUGGCCCGACGACGACGGCCUCCGUGACAACACCGGCAGUCACGGUGACGACGUCGGCGGUCACAGUACCGCUGUGUAUCCUGGGCGAGGUACAGUUGCGCUUCCUCUGUCCCGACGACCUGGAGGAAGUACGAUCGCUCUGCCAAGAUUGGUUCCCCAUAGAUUAUCCUUAUUCAUGGUAUGAAGACAUCACAAGCUCGUCAAGAUUUUAUGCACUUGCAGCAGUGUACGGUGGAGUAAUAAUAGGGCUGAUUGUCGCAGAGAUAAAGCCUUAUGCCAGAUUGAAUAAGGAGGAUCGCGGCAUCUUGUGCUCCAGCUUGGGAAAAAAUUGUUUAGUGGGUUAUAUACUUAGUUUAGGAGUACGUCGCGCGUAUAGGAGAAAUGGCAUAGCAUCGUUGCUAUUGGAACAGUUACUCGCUCAUGUCACCGCUCCAGAACGUUCCUCCGUAAAGGCAGUCUUCCUACAUGUGCUCUCCAGCAACGCUCCCGCUAUAUUGUUUUAUCAGAGGUGUCACUUUCGGCUGCAUAGUUUCCUUCCGUAUUAUUACUCGAUCCGGGGAAAAUGUAAGGAUGGUUUUACAUAUGUUCUUUACGUUAACGGCGGACACGCACCCUGGGGUAUUUGGGACUGGGUUCGUCACCUGGCCGGUGCGAUGACCAGUCUCAUACCGUGCAGAGUACCACGAUGGAUUUGGCAACGUCUUUUAUGGGCAACCACCAUUCUUUCGUACCACAGAUGAUACAUUUUGUGAUUUAUUAUGUUCCAUUACAUAUUUAUUUUUCUCUUUUGGAUUAUAGAGAUGUUAUACGCAUGUAAAGUGCCAUAAGUUGACUGGUUCAAGUAGUUAGCCAUAUUGCGUACUCCUGUGCUAAUGCAAAGUUAGAAAUGGACAUUGAUCAAAGAUCGAUUUAUAUAACAUGAACAAAUAUUUAAAUUCGUCUAAAGUUUGGGCAGCAAGGCUUCAGAGUAUCUUAGCACAGCUUUUGUUAUCAAGGAUUGCUAGUUAUUAAGUACAUAUCGUUAUUACAAUACUGUUGUAAUAGUUCGAGAUGUAACUGCCAAAAAUAAUUAAGUUUAAAUAAU